AUGGAAUUAGAAAAAAUAGAAGAUAAAGUCGAAGACAAAAAACAAGAUAAAUUAGACGAAAACCCCAUCGAAUUAGAAAAGCCAUAAAAAAGUAUAUUGAUGAAAGGGCCCAACAUCAUCGUUUCUGGUAAUAAAGUCUCAUUAGCCUUCAAGGAAUCAGGUUAUGAAACUCUUAUUUUGUAGCCACCCAUGGGCAAUGAGAAUAGUUUAAUAAUAAACUUAAUAAAUGGUUCUGGAGUGAGAGUAGGCAUAACUCUCAAUGAUCCCUCACUCAAUCUGAUUGAAUAUCCUGUAGGAAUGCACAGAUGCUAAUAUAGCUAUAGAGUCAAGGACGGAUCCAAGUUUAAUGAUGGCAUUGGAGCUAAGUAUGGAAAUGGUAUCAAGAAAUCAGAACCAUUGAGAAUGUUAUUUAUUAAUAAUGAAUUAAUUUUUGAAGAAUAAGGCAAAUCCCUUGGUUGUGCCUUCAAAGUACUCCCAAUAAAGGAUGGGAAAUAUUAUCCAGCUAUUUCAAUCUUUUAAGAUGCCCAAGUUGAAUUUGUCUACCAUUGA